AAGUAAAGUCAUUCACAUAUACUAUAAAUAAAGUGAGUUAUACCGACGAGAGCCCUGGCUCAAAACUCGUGCAAUGUGCACCUGCUUGCAGCAAGGGCUCUAGCUUCUAGUUCUACCUUGAGCGAUAGUGGGAACACACAUACCAAUAAACACACGAGAGAGAGAGAGAGUGAGAUGAUUCAUAUCUGGGCUGCUGUGCAAUGGUGGGACGAGUGGCAGCUGCGCAUCCUCGUCCUCGGCAGCCUCGGCCUUCAGUGGUUCCUCCUUCUGGCUGCCCCCAUGCGCAAGUACAUCAUCCCGCGCUGGUUCAGAACAUGCAUCUGGCUGGUGUACAUCAGCAGCGACGCUCUGUCGAUCUACGCGCUUGCGACACUCUUCAACCGCCACGCCAAGGGGAGCAGCGGUUGCGAGUAUGGGGCCAAGGCGAGCUCCCUGGAAGUCCUGUGGGCUCCUGUCAUCCUCGUCCACCUCGGUGGGCGGGAGGAGAUCACCGCCUACAGCAUCGAAGACAACGAGCUCUGGACACGGCAAACCGUGACCCUCGUGUCCCAGGUCACGGUUGCCGUGUACGCCUUCUGCAAGUCGUGGCCCGACUCCAGCGACAGAAGGUUGCUGCUGUCGGCGAUCCUGCUGUUCAUCGUUGGGAUCCUCAGUUUCUGCGAGAAGCCAUGGGCUCUCAAGAGAGCCAGCAUCAACCGGCUGGUGGCCGUGUCGUCCCUGAUAGAAGGAAAAAGAAAAAGGCCUCGCGGAUGGGAGUGCUUCUUCGCCGAGCUGGAUGACAGGUAUAAGUGUUGGAAAAAAAUGCCAGAAGGGAAUGCACCCAUCUUGUCAGAUGGAGACAGAGUCCAGAUGAUACUUUCAGACCUGUCGCUGUACGCUGCUUUCUCUGAUCUGAAGAAACGAACCAAGACGGAUCAGGAGCUCCAAGUUCUGCAGAAAUUCAAGUCUCUCCGAGGGAAGGAAAUGAGGUCCUGGCUGCGUCGAGCGUUUGGACUCAUCUACACCAGAGCCAAUGUGAUCUUCACUCCUGCAUACUUGGCCUGCCAUGUGCUGCUGGUCCCGUCCGUGCACAUCGCCGCCAUCACGCUCUUUGCGGCGAGCAACAAGCAGGGGUACAGCCGCACCGACGUCAAGACGACGUACAUUCUCCUGUGCUUCACCGCCGUGCUGGACGUCCUUGGGGUGUUGAUCAGUGAGCUUCUGUACAGGCUGAUGUCCAGAGCAGGAGUUCCAGCAUUGUGCGAGACGCUUCCCGCGUACAACCUCAUCGACACGGUCCUCAAGGGGAUGAAGCCAGCGACCGGGUGGCUGCGCAAGUGCGCCACGCGCGUCGGCUUCAGGGAAGGUUAUUUCGUUCAGGAGCGCGAUGCCAUGUACCGCAGGGUGUCGGGGUUCAUCGCAUCUGAACUGGUGGAUGUUUCCAAUAGAGAUGAAAACAACGCCGACCUCUCCACCUACAGAAGCUUCACCAACCGCAACUGGACUCUGGAUGAGGAGCUGCAAAAGGUAAUUUCGGCCCCCAAACAAGGCAGCUCACAGGCAGGUCCAACUCCUGUACAACUCACUGAGACCACAAAUCAAACAAGUUGGCACACCGUACCAGGCAGCUCACAGGCAGAUCUGCCAGCUCCCGGACAAAGCACAGAAGUUCUCAUUGAGGUCAUAAAACAAACAAGUUCGCCCACAGAUCAAAGAAGCAAUCAGUCCGAGAUAUGGCGCAGCCUGCGCAAGUCGUCGUUCGACGAGAGCGUCAUCCUCUGGCACAUCGCCACCGACCUCUGCUUCCGCAUCAAGCCCCCGAAAGGCUUCCGCCGCAGGCCUCCGCACGAGAACCAGCUCCGCGACAUAUGCACGGAGUCGAUAUCCAACUACAUGGCGCACCUGCUGAAUUUCCAUCCGGAGAUGCUGCUGACCGGCAGCAGGCAGCAUCUGUUCGCCGAAGCCAUGCGCAACGUCGAGUCCAUCCUCCAAGGCAAGGAGAAGCAGGGUGCCGCUGCUGCCGUCAAGCGAUCACUCUGCGGCAACAAAAGCCUACAUCGUUGCGGAGAACGGAAAGUAGCGGAGAAGAUCAUGCGCAAAGCGGAGGAGGCAAGCGGCAGCAAGUACCCUCUCAUCCGCGAUGCAUGCAAGCUCGCGAAGGAACUGAUGGACAUGGAUCAGGAGACGAGGGGGAGGGUGAUGUACCGCGUGUGGGUGGGCAUGCUCUGCUACUCGGCCAGCAUGUGCAGGGGGUACCUGCACGCCAAGAGCCUGGGCGAGGGCGGGGAGUUUCUCUCCUUCGUCUGGCUCAUCAUCUCGCUCAAGGGGGCCAAGACCCUGGCCGACAAGCUGCAGAUGCCGGACCCGGAGCCGGGUGACGGCGACGACGGCAAGCCUCAGAAGCAGCCUGAUGCCCAAGCAACAGAGGAUCAGAAAAAGAAGAGGGGCAAGGACAGCCCUUUUCGGCCGAAACGUUGAUUAUUCAUCAAGAUGUCCGGUGUGCUACCUGUUUGUUUGUUUGCUUGUUUGUUUCUUGGCGCCGCUGCAUGCCGGCCUUGC